UAAAAAGAAGCAAAGAGCAAACGUCGUCGUCUUCUUCUUCUUGUUCCUCUCUCUCUCUUUUGUCCUCCUUCCUCUCAUUGUCCGUUUCAUUCAGAUUUAUAUAAUCGAACGCGAAACGUCUCUUCUUCUUAUCUCUUUCUGUCUAUCAAACCAGAUUUGUCUAAACCUCUCGCUCUUGUCCUACUGAUGAACCCUUUUUUUAUCUCACUCUUACAUACUCUUGACAAAUCCGGAAUCCGGACAGACCCAUUUCAUUUCCAUCUGCUGUUCUUAGGAAAAAUCUAACAUUUCGAGUCUUUUCAUCAACCAAUAUCCACAAAAGCGGCAUUUCCACUCGCAAAUCUAAAAAAAGUCAGAUACUUUAUCGGUUUGAAUCUCGAGAAUUCUAAAGAUUCAGAGACCCACGAGGUCCCUCGGUUCGAAGUGACUUUGAGGAUGGAAGCAGAAACGUCUUGGACCACUUAUCCGUACAGUUACUUUACUACACAUGUCCCUGAUGCUGAAUCAUACUCUGAGCAGAGCGACGAUGACGAGACCAAAGUCCAAACCUUUUCGAUGGAUUCUCUUCUCCCAAACGAUUUAUUAGAAAGAAUCCUAACCUUUCUCCCCAUUGCAAGCAUCUUCAGAGCAGGCACCGUCUGCAAAAGAUGGAACGAGAUUGUAUCUUCUCAAAGAUUCUUAUCAAACUUCUCCAACAACAACUCUGUUCCUCAGAAGCCUUGGUACUUCAUGUUCACUACCACCGAUGACCCAUCCGGUUAUGCUUACGACCCGGUUAUCAGGAAAUGGUACGGUUUCGAUCUCCCUUGCAUCGAGACUUGGAACUGGUUCGUUGCUUCCUCUUGUGGAUUGGUUUGUUUCACGGAUAAUGACUGCAGAAACAAGAUCUAUGUCUCUAAUCCUAUAACCAAACAGUGGAGGAGGCUCACCGAACCGCCCGGUCACAGAUCUAUAGAUUACGCAUCGUUGUCUACCUCCGUAAACAGAGCAAAACAGAGCUACUCUGUUUCUAUAGUGAAGUCAAAGCAAGCUCCGGGAGAUUUCUUCCAGUGCGAGAUCUCUGUUCAUCUCUACAGCUCCGAGACAAUGACUUGGACAACACGUGUAACCGAUGUCUUAACCGGAUGGAGAGGAGGAGACGAGAGUGUGAUCUGCGGCAAUGUUCUUUACUUCUUGAUUUACUCCACGGGAGGCUCUGAUCAUCGCCACGGCUUGGUUGCUUUGAAUCUUUCGUCGAUAUCAUCCUCUAAAGGAAUCUUGAUGAGGAGUUUUAUACCAAUGCCGUGUUCUUUAACCUGUGGGAGAUUGAUGAACCUCAAGGAGAAGCUUGUGGUCGUUGGAGGGAUAGGGAAACACGAUAGACCAGACAUCAUCAAAGGGAUUGGUGUUUGGGUUUUAAAAGGAGGCAAAGAGUGGCAAGAAGUGGCGAGAAUGCCUCAGAGAUUCUUCCAAGGCUUUGGUGAGUUAGACGAUGUUUUUGCUAGUAGCGGCAGCGAUGAUAUGGUUUACGUUCAGAGCUAUGGAUCUCCCGCGCUUUUGACUUUCGACAUGAAGUUAAAGUGUUGGAAGUGGUCUCAGAAGUGUCCUGUGUCCAAGAAGUUCCCUCUUCAGCUCUUUACUGGGUUCUGCUUUGAACCAAGACUCGAGAUUGCUCCUUAGCUGUGAAUGUCUUGGCCUUUUGGGUUUGUUUUUGCACAGAUAAAUGGCUUUAAGAUUUGAAGAAGAGAUGAUACGGGUAAUGUUAUUCAAGAAUAUUGUUAUUUACAGUCUGGUACUUUAUUAAUUAUAGAUUUCUCAAAA